AUAAAAUGCAUUAUUUUUUAGUUAUUGUUUAGGAAAAGAAUGAACAAGAUCUGUCCAUUCACACACAGCUGAGCGUUAUGACAAUUUAUAAAAUGAAUGAACUAAAUAUCUCAAAGGCAAGUGUUGUUGAAUAUAUGUGACCCUGGACCACAAAACCACUUUUAAGUAGCACUGGACAAAAACACAUUAUAUGGGUCAAGAUUUUUCUUUUAUGUCAAAAAUCAUUAGGAUAUUAAGUAGAGAUCACGUUCCAUGAAGAUAUUUUGUACAUUUCCUACCGUAAAUAUAUCUAAACUUCGUUUUUGAUUAGGAACAUACAUUGUUAAGAACUUUUUCAAUAUUUUGAUUUUUUGCACCCUCACAUUCCAGAUUUUCAAAUAGUCAUAUCUCAGCCAAAUAUUAUCCCAUCCCAGCAAACCAUACAUCAAUGGAAAGCUUAUUAUUUAGGUUUAUACAUCUAAAAAACUGAACCGUAUGGCUGUUUUUAUGGUCCAUGGUCACAUAUAGCAAAUAUAAAGUGUCGUUUUAAAGAUAAACGCUUUGAAAAUAAAAACAUAAUAAAAAAUCUGUGACAGAUGGAAAGUUACAAUCAACAUAAUUAUUUAAUUAUACAAUUGAUUUCAAUAGAUUCUAGUCUUUAUUGUGACAAAAUAUUUAAUUUCUGACACUGCAGUACAUGUGGACAUUGUUUACCAGACAUAUUACAAGGCAUAGUAAAUAUCAUAAAGGGGAGAGACCUGUUUCCUCAUUUUAAGGAACUUUAUGAUUCACUUUGUUUUGUUAACCUAUGCAUAUAGUAGUAUAGAUAUUUCAGCAGUUUAUAAUGUUACUGAAAAGGCAUACAAAAUCAUUAGAAACUGAAACAGCUAGUAAAUUUCACGGUUAACAAGCAGAUAUACAAAAAAGUAACACGUUAAACACAUGUGACAUUUUGACGUAAAAGGACGGGAAUAGUAUUUACAUACUUCAGUGUGGUCUCUAACAACUGCGUCAAGACAACAUCUCUCCAAUAAUCUGUUAUUUACAACAUUAUCCGAAUAGCCUAUUAAGAUCGCACGAUUCUAACUUGUGAAACCGGUCUAUAAUGGGAGUGAUGACAGAGAGGGGAAGAGAGUCCAACUCUUAGUAAUUUAGCAGAGAAUAACCGAGCGCGUCUUUAGUAGUAAUUUUAACACUUGUUCAUUCUGAGCUCGAGGGGGACUCCUUCAAGAAUGCAUUCGCCGGAUACGUGGGUGUCGUGUGGGAAUGUAUGGAAUAAAAGCGCAGGCACAAACCCCACAGAGAGCACACGCGGCGACGCGACGCACACGAACGCACUUGAGAUUUCACUGCGCUGAGUUUGACGCGCCAGAGCAACAGCGGCGAAGAUGGUUUGGUCAAUGAGGUUCAUCCUUCUCUGUUUGUCUAUAGUGCGGAUGUCUGCACUUGACUUUUUCCCUGAGAAAUUUGCAAUUGGUGAGAGACACACAAACGUCACCCUGACCUGUAGAACAGACAAAGACAACAUCGAAUGGAAACGUGAGGACACAGUUUUAUCGCAAUCAGAUUGUGAAAAAAUCAGCGGGCGGGAUUUGACCGUGAUUGACCUGGAGGAAGACCUAACCGGGAAUUACACCUGCUGGAGUGGUACGGAUCUUCAAGACUACACCUAUCUCCUGCUCGACAAGUCUAAAGAAGCUACAGCUUCUAAAAUCAACUGCACAGCUGAAACAUUUUCCUGCACUGAAAAAAUCAAAUGCGCCUGGACCUCAGAUGAAUUUACCACUUUCAGACUUCGUAAUACAAGGGAUAAUGGUGACUGGGUGUCACAGUCCGUGGCUGGGGAAUUUUUUUUUCUCCCACAUUCCACCAAUUCAUACUCUGAAGAGUCCGAGCGGCUGCUGAUAACAGGGGAGGCAGUUUCCACAUGCUGCUAUAUGAAAACUGACCACAGCUUUUUUUUACGAGACAUCGUUAAACCAGCAGUUUCAAGCAUUUCAAUCUGCAAUAUAUCAAAUCAGGGGACUGACAAGCAAAUCAUAGAAUUGGUGGUGACCCCUCCCUCAACAUGGCCACAGCCCCACAGUUUCUUUCCUCUGAAGCAUCAAAUCGAGUACGAGAUACGACACGACGGCAAGCUCCAGACUAAAGACUGGGAGGAGGGCACAAAGUUCCAAGUAGAGGGCUCCAUCACGAAACUAAGGGUCCGCUGCAGAGACCUGCUGCUCCUUUCUCAGUGGAGCGAGUGGACUCCGUGGAAAAAUGUGUCCAGCAGGAAAAAAAGAGUCCGUACCAAAGGACAUAAAAAGGAAGGAACAAGAAAACAACCAGGAAACAAAAAGAAAAACAGACGAAAAAAUUGUCAGAAAAAAUGCAAACAUUUAAAUUGGGCACGUCUUUGAUUUUCUGAAAGUAUUUUUUUAUGCUGAUUGAAAAAUUGUAAAUAAAGACUGAGCUGACUGAGCAUGUUUAUGAAACUUUUAGUCAACAGCAGGAGGCAGCAGUGAGGAAGGAGGGGAUGCUACCUCCUUUUGGGAGCUUUAUGGAAUUAUCAGUUUUUAUUUUUAUAAAGAUAUAUAAAGAAAUAAAAUAUUAUAUUUUCAAAAAUAUUUA